AUGUCUGUUCUCCUCUCCCCCGUAGUCGAGCUCUACAGGCUUGCCCUCCAACCGGUGGCGCCGUUCACCUGGUUCGGCCUCACGCUCAGCACGCUCGACGUCGUCGCGACCGUGCGCCUGUGCGUCGCGCUCCGGCAAAUCAGAGAGAAGCUCUGGCGGGACCAUAUCCAGAAGACAAAGACGGUACGGUCGGAGAAGGAGACGGCUGUGACCGUCGCGGAGGUCGAACCGCGCUCCUUUGUGCGGGACGCCGCGUCCGUGCUGCUCGUCGUUUACGGCGGGGAGGCCGUCACAUGCCCUGCGUUGGCCAUCCCGCCGUCCUUCAUGCUUUCCGGCGUCGUCCCAGCGUUCUACACCGCCGUACAGGCUGCCGUGGAGAAGCUACCGUCCGUACCGACCCCGGCGUUUGAGAACGAAGUCCCUCUGGCCGUGCUCGACGGCAUGACGCGUGCAUACCUGCUCUGCAACCUCAUCCCGCCCAUGGUCACUGCGCACACGUCGCCCGCCAUCAACAGCAAUCCGUGGACUUUGCUUCUCACCUCCCUGUUCACCGCAAACGCGGGGUUCUUCUUCACGAACCUCUUCUCGUUCUUCCAGCCGUACGCGCUCACGCUCACCACGCCCACCGAGUUCCUCCCGUACGGUUGGACGACGACCGACCUGUGGUGUGCGCCGCUCAUCACCGGGCUCUACGCCUUCCUUACGCACGCCCAGCCGUUCUGGGCGGACGCGCACUACGUCGCGCUCGGGUGGCUCGGGGGCCGCGUCGACGGCGCGGAGAAGAUCGCCGCGGUGGACCCGGAGACGGCGCGUGCGGUCUGUGCGCUCGUACUCGCCGGUUUGUUUACGACGCGCGCGGUCAAGACCUUUGGGCCUGGAGCCGUUAAGCCGAAGACGAAGGUGCAGUAGAGAUAUAGAGUGAUAGAGAGGGCGAUGUUAUGAUCUGACACGACGAUAUACGCAUUGAUUGUCGACGAGUUUGUAGGUUUGUAGAUGUUGUCACUUCUUGCUAUUCAAAUGCUGCUGUGUAUUCUUCUCGGAGCGGAUGACACU